CGAUAGGCAAUAAUGAACUAGGUAUAAGAGCGCUUAUUCUAUUUUGCUUCCUUGUGAUUUUUCUACAUGUGAAGCGUUUUCGUGAUAAUAAUUCUUAUUGUUUUAGACAUCGUGUGAAAUUUUUUGGAAAAAUCUGAAAAUACUAAAACAAACAAAGAGCUGAUUAAUUUAGCGCUGCAUUAUUAGUGCACGUCAUAUUAAAAUAAUUUCUUAGUGGCAUAACUUGAUUACAGAAUGGAGACUUCGUAUCAAGGAGGCGUAACUUACGAAGACUCGGGAGACAAUUUUCAACGUCUUUCGCAGACCAUAGCCAGCAAUAUCAAGAAGAUAUCUCAAAAUGUGUCGUCAAUGUCGAAGAUGGUCAACCAGCUUCAAACGCCGCAAGAUUCCCAAGAGCUCAGGACACAACUCCGGCAGAUUCAGAAUUACACUCAGAAGCUGGCGAAAGACACUUCGUCGAUGAUAAUGGAGCUGAUGAAGCUGCCAGUAGAGAACUCAGCUAGCAGGCUGACGCGCGACCGGCUCAGCGAUGAGUACAUGGCUACCUUGAACAGCUUCCAGACAACGCAAAGACUGGCCGCCCAGAAAUCGAAAGAAGACGUGAAGAAAGUGAAGGCGCAGUCCAUAAACAUCGGCGAUCCGUUUGGAAUGAGCGGUCACAAUAAGGAGUUGUUGGAGAUGGGCGACACGACGCAGAACCAGGAACAAAUCAACAUGCAGACAGAGAGGAACCUGCUCGAGCUUGAGGAGCGCGAGAGAGACAUCAGGCAGUUAGAGAACGACAUAAUGGACGUGAACCAGAUAUUCAAACAGCUGGGCACGAUGAUACAUGCGCAGGGAGAGGUGGUCGACUCGAUCGAGUCCAACGUAGAGUACACUGCUCAGAACGUCGAGGCCGGCAACCAGCAGCUCCGGGAGGCGGCCAAUUACAAGAAUAAGCUGCGAAAGAAGAAGGUGUACAUCGGGCUCAUCCUGUUCAUUAUAAUUCUGAUAAUCAUCAUCGUAUUAGUGAAGAAUUGAAUUCGCCUCGGCAGUACAUAUUACCCUCUUGUAACCGUAUGUAAUCGCCUUGGCAAUGAUUCGGAUAUUAUUGUUCCACAUACCCGUGUAUACUAGCCUUAAAAUAUUAUGUUAAUUAUUAUAAACCACGGAAUAGCAUGGUUACUUUGACAAGGAUUGAAUUGAAUUGAUUUAUUAUGUAACAAACAGGGCUCACAGUGUGGAGAAAUACUUAAAGUACUGCCAAACAUUUCUUGACGUCUUCUGCUAUAUGUUUGGAAAAGUUAUGCGGAAUGUAUUGUAAACUAAAUGCACAGGCGUGUUAGCCGUAAGCUCUAGGCAUGCCGAUACUUAAAACAGCUCAUUUGCACAAUGCAACUUUAAAAUCUUUACAAUUCUUGUCAGACUGGCCCGGCGUGGUCUGCUGGUGCAUGCAGAUUUAUUUGGCCCUUUGUAUUGCAAUAUUUUGCGCGAGUCGGUCUAGUUAUAUAACGUUUGUAAUUUUGCUGGCAAUAUUGUAUUUUAACCUGUAUAAUUAAUCGAUAUUGUAUAUAUUUUGGGCCUUUGUGUUUCGUUUUGUACUACUGUACAGUAAUACAAGAAUUGGAAGUAUGAUUUUCAAACCACUGACUAAACAAUAGUACAUUAUGCAUUCCUAACUCAAUUUUUACGAAGUAAUUAAAACGUCUCGAAAAUCAAUCCAGUUUGAGUGGAGAAUCCACAGACAUGAUAUGACUUCACUAAUCUUCUAAUCAUUGCCAAAUAUAAUUAGAUUAGGUAAGGGAUAUACACCAUAUAUAGGGUCAUUAUGUCGUUUAUUUUAGAUAAAACAACAUUGGCGUCGGAACUCUCGUACUAUUUUUACAUCCUUUAAGUUUUUUUUAUAAGAGCUCGUCCACAGUAAAAGCGAGACGCGUGCGAUAGUCAGGCGAUCACGUAUAGCUUCCGAUCGUAACCAGAUGAACGUCAUAAAAUGAUAAUGCGGCCAAUAUUGAACACAUUGUCCUUAAUAACUUACACAGAUAGCAUGUUAUAUACUUGGACUUCCACGAGUCUUCCGUAACGUACGUUGGAGUACUUCGUCGGUAGCAUAAUGCGGGAAGAGGUAGUUUCAGUUGUUUGCCCAGAAGCGAGAUAAAGAGCAUGUUGAGAAAAGAAAAUCCCGAACUAAAUGACGACUGUGAAGAGUACUGUACAUAGAAAAUAAUAUAAUACAUCACUCAAGAAAUGUUCUGAUUUUUAUGAUAAUAAAUUCCAUUACGCUAUCGUGUGGUGCUACAAUCGCAGGGCCAAGUUGCAUUUUACUCAUGAUGAAUUUACUGUGGAUGCAAAAGGCGAUGUUAUACAUAAAAAAUGUAUCCUCAUUGUGAUAAAAAGCGAUAAAGUGUAAAUAUUUAAGUAAACCUUAAAAGAGUCAUAUUUUUCUUUUAUAUUUUUGUGAAUGCUUAAAUGUUCCUUAUUGUGGGUUUAGAACCUGCAAUGACUAACAAAGCGGAAAGUGAUUUACGCCUCGUAGGAAUUAUGUUAGAGGAUUCGAACAUACUCGUACGUUUCCUACUGUAUCGCACUGUCAUCAAAACUUUUCUUAUCGGAACAUUAAGAACUUCGUCCCUCUUUCGACUAUUGUCGUGUAUAUGGCAAAUUGUUCUGUGAAACAGUCCUUUAUUAUUAAUUUUAAGUUUACUAAAUUUGAUUAAAUUCAAUAUCCACACUCAAAAUAUUUUGGUUAUACAAUCAAAUAUUUAUAGUAUUAUAACCUAUGCAUGAAACGCGCGUAUGUAUUUAUCAGAAUUAUAGAAAAUUAAAUUUAGUAAGAUUGUUCGCAGAAGAUAAAACCAGACGAAGAGGAUGAAGCCCUUUUAAAUUACAUGAUAUACAUUUCCUAGACAAACAUCCAUCCAUCCAUCUAGUAUGAACUCUACAAAGACAACUAUUAAUAACGUCAUGCUAGUAGCUAGUUGUAUCAGAUAUUGGCACUACAACGCGGAGAAGUCACUAAUAUGAACAGGGACGAGGUUCUUUAGGUUCGAAGUCUAAUGACCCUUUGUAUAUGUACCUGGCAACAUAUUUAUGUAUCCCGUAGAUUGUAACAUUUGUAUGCUAAGUCAUCUCAUACUAUGUAUCUCAUAUUGUAUCUCUUUCUACGGCACCGAUGUGGUAUCACGUCGUCUUCAUAACAUACACAAUAUUUUCGUGUAAUGCCGUCGUAUGAGUAUUCUUUGAUACAUACCGAAGUUCGGUAAAUACUCUUGUUUAAACGACGCGACGUCUCAAAGUUACAUGGUCAUAUUUUUAACCGACUUCAAAAAAAGGAGGAGGUUAUCAAUUCGACGUGAAUUUUAUGGUGUUCGCAUUCAUAAAAAUAUUAUUGUAUUUUAAGCCUUGUAGCCAAUAACGUAUUGGUACCUCGGUUUCAAUGUAUAAGUUGGGAAAAUCGAACUGAAGGCAGAAAGCCUUCAUAGAAUAACCAUUUUCAGACCUGAACGUCUGUCAGAGCUAAACAAUUUUAUCCCGAUUAUAAAAUAUGAGUAGUAUGUCGGUGUGGGGCGAUUGUGUUUUUACUCAUUAUACAAAUUAUUGGAAUGUAAUAUCUGAAACCGAGGUUCUGUGCGUUAACAAUAGUGCCUAUAACAUAUUCAACGAAAUUAAGCAUUUUCGUACCUGCUUUGAUGUGUUUAGAUGUUUUAGUGGAUUAUGACCAACGGAAGGUGCAGUUAUACUGCUUAGAAAAUAUGACUCAUAUGUAUUAUUGGUACGCUUUAGUGACCUGAUUUCAAGCAAUAAUAUUAAUGUAUUGUUCUUAACUUUUCGAGCUAUAAGAAUAAAAAUUCAAAGAUCUCAUAUUGUCUAAUAAACCAUUUAAGUGCAAUGUGCCUUCCGUGAUGAACAGCCAAUGAAUAACCACGCGAUAAUGAUUAAGCAUAUUUUAUUAGAUUUUUUAUAAUAAAACAUGAUAAAUUAUGAAUUCAUAAACUUCAUUCGAAGUUUUUACUUUUAUAUAUAUAUUGAUAUUUCUAUUUGCAGUUUUGAAUGUGUAACUGAUCAGAAUAAUUAUAAUUGAAGGUGCGGCUAUUGUCGCCAGUAUGUAAUGCAAAUAAAAUAUCGCAUUUGCAGAAAAUAUUUGCAGUUUUAAAUUUAUAAAAUAAUUUUUUUUUACUGAUCAUGUAUAUCGCUUCGCAUGUUUACGGUCCAGUGCAUUUCUCGAGUAGUUUUCACCGGUAAUACAGCAGAUUCGCAUGACGUCGCUGGAUGCGGGCCGCUUCUAAUAGGUCGUUCUGGAAAUAUUUGGGGGAGGCCCAUGUUCAGAAAAAGACAUCGUGCCGCUGAUGAUAGCAGAUUCUCAUUAGAUUCAUUAUAAUAUAAUGAUUAAUUGUAACAGUAUUUUUUUUGUAAAAUACAUUUUAUUGUGAUUUCGCUUUUCAUUACUGCACUUAUAAUUUUUAUUACUUAAAAUUUUAAUCAAAAUAUUUUUUUAGAUAUUAUUAUAAGUAAAUGUAAGGAGUAAAAUGAAUUAUCGGUUUUGGUUAGUCUAGUUUUGUUGUAAGAAAAAGAGUGACUAUAACAAUAAGAGUGCUUGGGGUACCAAAGGCAUAGUAAUGUUUGAAAUCGUAAAAUGAUUUUGUUUGAUAUUUUUAUAUAAAUUUUUGACAGAAAGAAAGCGACUUGAAAUGUGGAAUAGAGAAUUUGUAAACCGAUAAUUUAUUUAACACCUUUUUAAAGUUAUUUUGCAAUGAGAUUGUAAAUAUAUGUUUUAAUGGAUACCCUCGUAUUUGUUGACUUCAAAAUAUAUAAAUUUGAUCAAGAA